UCUUUCUGCCCUCAGACUUUUAGGUUGAAGCUGAAGUUAGGGAAGCCUACUGUAGGCUCAUCCUACUAGGGCAUGUAGACAGGACUUGACUGUUCAGGUGGCAGCCAAGGUCUAGUUCAAUUGACAUAAAACUUAUUGAAGGAACUGACUUUAUCAAGAAGAUCCAGAGGCUUAUUGUGAGCUGCUGAAUAUGAAGAAAAUAGGGUUUUAUACAUGUGCAAUUUGAUUAUGACCUACUGCUAAAGAAGUGCCUCACCUAGCCUCAUAUUCUUCUGUGAUACUAUCCCAUCUGGUCGAACACUGAACAGAGAUCAUGGAGAAGGGCUCUGUAUUCAUUGUAUUGUGUGUGUUUUUACACGCGAUGGUGGUAUUUGGACAGCUGACAGAAAAGCUUAUUUCGAACCCUUGCACCUCCAAGGACACUUGUCAUGAGUGCAUUCAGACACCAACAUGUGCAUGGUGCAGUCAACCUAACUUCACAAGUCCUGAUGGUUCCCCAAUUCCUCGAUGCAACCAGCAGAAUCGCUACCUAGACUCUCAGUUGCAAGCAAGAUGUGAUCCUGCCCACAUCAUCAACCCAAGCAAUCACUAUGAGGCGAUAUAUGACUAUGAGCUGAGUAAGAAGGCACACUCUGGAAAAGAAGCCAUCCAGAUCCGUCCUCAAAGAGUUUCACUUCAAUGUAGAGUUAAGGAAGCGUAUGAUUUGAGUCUUUGGUACGCUCAAGCAGAGGACUACCCUGUAGAUCUCUAUUAUCUAAUGGACUUGUCAAAGUCUAUGGAAGAUGACAAGGAGAAAUUGUCAGAACUUGCCAUCCUCUUGGCAAAGGAAAUGGAGAAAAUCACUUCAAAUUUCAAGCUUGGAUUUGGCUCUUUUGUCGACAAGGUUGUCAUGCCUUAUGUCAGCACAGUUCCUGCUAAAUUGCAGGCUCCAUGUGAUGGUUGUGCUGCCCCAUAUGGAUUCAAAAACCACAUGACCCUAGGUACAGACAGCUCCCAAUUUGCUCAUGAAGUGCGAAGUGCAAACAUAUCUGGAAAUCUGGAUGCUCCAGAGGGUGGCUUUGAUGCCAUCAUGCAAGCCAUUGUUUGCAAGAACACGAUUGGUUGGAGAGAUCGUGCUCGCAGACUUCUUGUCUUCUCUACUGAUGCCAGCUUUCAUUUUGCUGGUGAUGGAAAGCUUGGAGGAAUCAUUACUCCCAAUGAUGGACAAUGCCAUUUGGAUCACAGAGGAGCAUACACCCACUCGCUUCUUUUAGAUUACCCUUCUGUUUCUCAAAUCAAUCAGAAAGUGAAGGAGAAUUCUAUCAAUAUCAUCUUUGCUGUCACAGAUCAGCAGAGAUAUGUUUAUGAUAAAUUGAGUGAGACUGUUGAAGGAGCUUCAUCAGGGACACUCUCACAAGACUCCUCCAAUGUUGUGGAACUCAUUAAGGACCAAUAUAAUCAAAUCACAUCAUCUGUGGAGAUGAAGGACAAUGCUACAAGCAAUGUUCAGAUCACUUAUUUCUCUCGAUGUUUGGAUGAAGGUGGACCCCUGAAACAAACCAAUCGUUGUGAUGGCCUGAAAGUUGGCACCAAGGUCCAAUUCACAGUUCGAAUUGAAGUCCUGAGCUGUCCACCAAAUCCACGGGAUUGGAUGCAGUAUAUUCAGAUCUACCCAGUAGGGAUCAAUGAGUCCCUGAUAGUGGAACUGAAGAUGAUCUGUGAUUGUGACUGCGAAAAGCCAGGCAAUCCUGGGUACAAGCCUCCAUCCCUUGCUACUGAAUGCAAUCAUCAUGGAAGCCUCCAGUGUGGGAAAUGCGUGUGUGACGACUCCCACUUUGGACGGUUCUGUGAGUGUGAUCUGAACACAGAUGACUUCUAUGAUAAUCAAAGUGGAUGCCGGCCUGGUAACUCCACAGACAUCCUGUGCUCUAACCGAGGGAAUUGUGUCUGUGGAGUAUGUGAAUGCUUCAAGAGACCAAAUCAAGAUGAGGUAAUAUCUGGGCCAUACUGCGAGUGUGACAACUUCUCUUGUGAUCGCCAUAAUGGGCUCCUCUGCAGUGGACCAGAACACGGGGAAUGCCUUUGUGGGGAAUGUAAAUGUAAAGGAAAUUGGAUUGGGCCAGCAUGUGGAUGCUUGAACACAACUGAUUCAUGCUACCCACGUGAUGGAGGAGAGAUGUGUUCUGGAAAGGGUGAAUGCAUUUGUGGAGCCUGUGAAUGCAUUGAAACUGAAGUUGGCCGUUACUCUGGAAAAUUCUGCCAGGAAUGCCCUACUUGUCCUGGGCGUUGUGAGGAGUUGAAACCAUGUGUCCAGUGCAAAACCUUCAAAUCAGGAGAGCUUUCUGAAGAAGAAUGUGAUGCCUGUCCUUUUGUCCCAGUUGAAGUGGAUGUUGCUCAGGAGGAGAAUCCCGAUGAGAGGUUGUGCACAUUCACUGAUGUUGACGAAUGUCGUUUUUACUUCGUCUAUGGCUACAGUGAUGACACCAAUGAACUCAUUGUCCGAGUUCAGCGCACUAAGGACUGUCCCCCUGUCAUUGAUAUCCUUGGAAUUGUCUUGGGAGUCAUUGGAGCAAUAGUGGCACUUGGAGUGGCUGUCCUAUUGCUAUGGAAAAUCCUCACUACCAUUCAUGACCGACGGGAGUUUGCAAAGUUUGAGAAAGAACGAAUGCUUGCCAAGUGGGACACGGGUGAGAAUCCUAUCUUCAAGCCCUCAACAUCAACCUUCAAGAAUCCUACAUAUGGGGGGAAGUAGAGAGUUAACAGUCCUCUACGUAAAGAAUCUCAGGUGCAUCUCAUGGACAUGUCAGGUGUGCCAUAUUAAAAGGGUUUGAGGAGUUGAAAAAUCAUAACUCUGAAGUCAUCCUGCAAUGUGUGGUGCUCAUCUGCAAGCUUCCUCUUCCUAAGUGAUCAAGUACCUGCUGGUGUUUUCCUGAUUUCUGGUACUUGUGAGGAAGCUUCUUUGUCCAAUUUUUUUUCUGAUGGAUUUUUUAGACUUAAUCACAAAGUGACACUGGUGUUCUGUAAUUACACAAACUAAACAUCAGAGAUAGGAGAUCUCCUUGGCAUGAAGCACUGUGGAUUUCAGCUCUGCAUAAGUUGUCUUCCAGCUACUUCAUAUGUUGAACUCAAAAUUCAGACAAUUUAUGGGCUUAAAAUAUGUUAAUACUGGUAAGCUGCAAAUUUGAUUCAUGCUUAUUCUUUGAUGUGAUCUCUAUUGCUUGAGUGCUUGUGUAUGAAAUAGCUUGUCUUCUUAAGCCAGUUACCACUACUUUCAUAAGUAGUAGCAUUCACAAUCAUCCGUCUUGUGCCAGUAUAGUCUCAAACAUCUUAAACAUGCACAGCGCUAUACAGUCUUUCGUCUUUUGCAUUUCCUACUGCCAUACUCAGUGAAGCGUCCAGUCUUCCUCUUCAAGGACUUUUCCUUUGUCAUUAAUUUAUUCACUUGGUAGACUAUGUGAAUUCCUUGUUGUCACUCCUAAUCAGGAUGAAUGAAGACUUUGUUCAAUGAAACCUAAAUA